AUGCUUCAAAUGGAACUUGUCUGUUCUGACGUUCUCCCCCGUGCCUACGCAAACUUCUUUCACUUUUCAAAAUUUAACAAAAUGCAAUCGGAAGCAUUUGAUUACGUGUUUAAUUCAUCACAAAACGUAGUGGUGAGUGCGCCAACAGGAUCGGGGAAAUCAGUUCUUUUUGAACUGGCCAUUCUCUCACUUCUUCACAAGAAAAAGACACCCUCUGCCUUGAAAAUUAUCUAUACCGCACCCACAAAAUCCUUAUGCAACGAAAAAUUCAGGCAAUGGUCUAAGGCUUUCAAAGAUCUGAACGUUAGAUUGAUCACUGGCGACACUGAACUCUCUUGGCAGGAAUUCAAGCACUUCCAGAUCGGAAUUUUAACCCCGGAAAAAUUAGACUCUAUGACUAGAAACCCAAGAGUCCAAUCUGAUUGUAUCUGUCCCGUCUCUCUCUUACUAGUAGACGAGAUUCACUUGAUCAGAGAAGAACGAGGAGCAGCGUUGGAACUUGGAAUCAUGCGACUGAACUUGUUAUCGAAGGGCUUGAGAAUCAUUGCAGUGAGUGGUACCAUUGCAAAUUCGGAUGACUUGGCGCUAUGGCUUAGAGCUGACUCUUUUGACGGCCAAGCGGCUAAGUCUCUGAAGUUUGAUGAGAGUUACAGGCCAGUCAUUCUGAAAAUGUUCAUUCACGGAUAUUCCGCCAACCACAAAAAUUUCUUCCAGAUGGAUAACCUUUUGAAUCAGCGCCUGCUCGGUAUUUUAAAGAAGUAUAGCAAGGAAAAACCUACAUUGAUAUUCUGUUCUAGUCGGAAAUCUACCGUUCUAUGUGCCAAAUAUCUGGCCUCAAAGGGUCCAAUCCAAAGCAAUAUUUUGAGACAAGAUUUUUGGUCGAAUAUGUCUGAUAAAAGCCUACAGGAAGUAUUCAAGUUCGGGAUAGGAUUCCAUCAUGCAGGACUUUCGGCUGAGGAUAGGGCAUUGGUCGAAAAAAACUUUCACAAUGGUAACAUAAGGGUACUAUGCUGCACAACUACUCUCGCCGUUGGCAUGAAUCUUCCGGCAUAUUUAGUAAUUAUCAAAGGAACUUGCAUUGGGAGCGACUUCGCUAACAACGAUUACAGUGCUAUGGAAGUCUUGCAAAUGAUAGGGAGAGCAGGCCGGCCACAAUAUGAAAACGAUGGAUGUGCCGUUAUUAUGACAAGUCAUGAGGCAAAAACCAAGUAUCAGAACCUUAACUAUUGCUUAGAAAGCGUGGAAAGCAGUCUCCACAAAAAUUUAUCCGAUCACAUUUGCUCGGAGGUCAACGCGGGGGUUAUCAACUCCACCAAAGGCACCCUAGAAUGGCUUAAAAAGUCUUUUCUAUACACCCGCUUAACAAAGAAUCGUCUCUACUAUGAGGGCUUAAGUUUGGAGGAAAAUCUAAAUUCGAACUCCAUGGACAGCGAGCUCUUUGAUCUUUGUUUAGAAUCGCUCAGAAAGUUGUCUUGUUCUCGGUUGAUUCGGGAAGAUGGCGAUAAACUCUAUGGAACGAGUUUCUCCGCUUCAAUGUCUCAGAAUUCAUUAACCUUGACCACAAUGCAGAAAAUUUUAGCUCUUUCCCAAGAGCUGAGUUUAGAUCAAAUCGUACACUUUUUGCCAAAGGUAGAAGAGUUCAAAUAUUUGCGCUUACGUUCCGGUGAUAAGAAGUUUCUGCGGGCAGUAGAUGAUGAGGGUUCUAUUAGAGUUCCGAUGCAUUUGAAUGAAAAUAUGAGCGAUAGUCUCUAUCUACAGAAAAAGGUAUCAAUUCUUCUCCAGUUUCGACUGAGUGGUUCGAAGCUGCCUCAACUAAGGGAGCUAUUCUCGCUCAUACCUUCCUUCUACGCAGAAAUGGCUCGUGUCUCCGAGACAGCAAUACGAAUUCUGAGAGGAAUGCGAGACUGCUUUGCUGCUAAGGGGGACUUGAAUUCAUUGAAAGCAACCUUGGUGUUGCUAAGCUCUGUACAUUCCAAAGUUUGGGCAGAUACCUCCCAAUCACUCACAUAUCUAAAAUGCUUGGACAGUAAAAGUGUUGUGACCUUGGGGAACGCUGGAUUAGGCAAAAUUUCCCUUCUUCAAAGGGCAGAUCCAUGGCAUAUUCAAAGGGCCCUGAAUGCAACUGAUUCAAAGUUUAGAAGUCUCAGGAGUCAAAUUGCCAAAUUGCCACGUAUCACCAUUAACCAUUGUUCCAAACUUUCAAAUGGUGCCAACUUAGAGACGUCCAUCUCGGUGGCACUCAUAUUGAAAGGUUUACCGAUUUCCGAAGAUAAGUUUGCAUUAAAUGUUGUCGUAUCCCGAAACAAUAGUAUGCUUCUGCAUUACGAAAGAUUUUGCCUCAACCGUCAAAAGAAAAACGCUAACUUCGUCAUCUCAUCCGCGUUGGAAAAGGGUUCAAAAGUGGAGGUUGAAGCUUCUUGUGAAAACAUCCCAGGACUCACAGAGAUGGCUUCUUUUUGUCUAAUUCCCGCAAAAGAAAACGUUUCUUCACCUUUCAAAAGCCGUGGUUCGGUAAGCUCAGCCGAUUUUGCCCCAUUCCGCUGUUCUGUUGCAGAGCGUUCUGCACAUAAAUAUAUUCCAGAACAACUAAACUCAUCAGAUGGCAAUGGUGCCGAUGAUGAUGAUGAUGAUGACGAUGAUGAUGAUGAUGAUGACGAUAUAAUAGAGCUGUUCGCGCAUGCAGCUCCAGCAACUGAAAAUUCCGAUAGCAGCAGGCAGCCAAAUCACAGUUACUCAAAAACCAAUCGCCCAGAGGAGAAAACAGCUCAGAAAAAAGUCACCUUGAGUCUCAAAGAAGGCUCUUCCCAGUAUCGUAUAUUGCUCGUGCCGCAAAGAGGUGCGAAAUUCAACAAGUCGUGUAAAACUCUACACAUUCAUGCGGGGCUCGACGAGCUACUAUCUGAAGAAACAUCGUCUAUACUGCCCAUGACAGAGGAUGAUUCGACGGCAGACCAAACUACAGUCACAGAACCAAUGCAGAAAUAA